ACCGUUCGGGGUGAGGCAAAGGGUGGGAGGCGGUAGAUGGGAGGAACAAAACCCAAUAAGGGGAAAGGCGAGGACCCGGGGAAGGGAGGCUUCCGGAGGCGAGGGUGGACUUAUCUUGGCGUCUAGCCUGAAUCGCUGGGAGAAAAGGGAGGGAGAGUUUGGAAGAGUAUCAGGUGACGUCUGAAGAAACUCAACUCUGGCUGGAAAAGUGAGCCGAGGAGAGGGGAAAACUGCCUUCCAGAUCGCUGUAUUGUUGACAUUCCAUGCAGUGUUUAAAGGAUCCAUCUAUCGGGAAAUACCUAAACCGGGAGUCGAAGGGGGCGGCCCAAGAGAGAAGCUGGGGCGCUGAUGAUACCAACAUGGGUUACAGGAAAGUAUGACCUAGAUCAGAACUAUGGUGCCAAGUCUCCUUGGCUGAUUCUCCACGUCUCUCUAGGUCUCCCGUCGCUGCCUCUCCGGGUGACUCCUCUUGGAUGCUUAUGGAGCCAGUUGCUUCUCUGUAUUUUUCCCUGCCAGGCUUCCUUCUCUUCUUCCACCUCCUCAGCUCGUUUGCACCGGUCUCAGCACAUGUCAAUCGGGACUAGCUAGUGGCGAUCACACUGGACAGCUAAAGUUUAUAUCCUGUACCGCAGGCACCGCACUGGUUUGGGAAACAGAAGAAAACCCCUGUGAGCUCAGGGUGCAUGAGGGGUGAUCAGCGUAGGCUUCUCAAUGUGUUGUUCAUGAAGCAUUAGCACCCCCCGCUAGACAGCCCUACUAGGUGUUUUUUGUUUUGUUUUGUUUUUUACUACCGACCAGCCAUAUCCCUUCGCCCCCAGAAUCCUCAGCCCAGGAAGCCCCUAAGGCCUUAGAGAGAACAUGUCUGUCCCCUGGAACACCCAGUUCCUUUGCUGUCUCAGAGAGUUGAUGGCUGCUGCCCUUGUCUGAGUCUACCGCUUUGUGUAACAGUCCAGUUUACUGUCCUGGGACCAGCUUAUCCAAUCCUGGCCGUGGUGGGAGAAGACGCCACGUUACGCUGCCACCUGUCACCUGAGAAAAACGCUGAGGAUAUGGAGGUGCGGUGGUUUCGGACGCAGUUUUCCCCUGCUGUGUUCGUGUACAAGGGCAGGAGGGAGAGAACAGACGAGCAGAUGGAGCAAUACCGCGGAAGAACAACUUUUGUGAGCGAAGCCAUCAGCGAGGGGAGCGUGGGGCUGAUCAUACACAACGUCACCACCCACGAAAACGGCAUCUACUGCUGUUAUUUUCAAGAAGGCAGAUCUUACGAUGAGGCCAUCAUGCACCUGACAGUGACAGGCCUGGGCUCUAAACCCAUUAUUGAAAUGAAGAGCCCCGAGGAUGGAGGCAUCCGGCUGGAGUGUACCUCUGCAGGGUGGUACCCAAAGCCCCAGGCUGUGUGGAGGGGCCCUCAUGGUGAGACCAUGCUCCCCCUGGAAGAGGCUUACACUGUGAGUGCAGAUGGGCUCUUCCUGGUCACCAUGGCUGUGAUCAUCAGGGACCAUUCGGUGAGGAACAUGUCCUGCUCUGUCAGCAACACCCUGCUCGACCAGGAGAAGGAAACUGUGAUUUUCAUUCCAGAAUCCUUUAUUCCCAGAACAUCUCCCUGGAUGGUGGCCCUGGCGGUCAUCCUGCCCUCUCUGCUUCUCCUCAUUGCUGGGAGCAUCUAUCUCAUCAAGAAACUCCAUCUGGGAAAAAAGAUUCUGUCCAUGCAAAAAGAGGCUGAAAAUGAAGAGAAAGAAAUUGCACGUAAGGAACUGGGGAAAGAACAUGUGGAAAAAGAGAAAGAAUGCCAAACAAAAGAGCAACUUCAUGAAGAAUUGCGAUGGAGAAGAAGCCUCUUACAUGCGGCUGAUGUGGUCCUGGACCCAGACACUGCUCAUCCUGAGCUCUUCCUGUCAGAGGACCGGAGAAGUGUGAGAAGGGGCCCUUCCAGGCAGAGCGUGCCUGACAACCCGGAGAGAUUCGACUGUCGGCCUUGUGUCCUGGGCCUGGAGAGCUACUCCUUAGGGAGACAUUACUGGGAGGUGGAAGUCAAAAACGUGAUGGUGUGGGCUGUGGGGGUUUGUAGAGACAAUGUUGAGAGGAAAGGGGAGGCCCUCCUGGUUCCUCAGAACGGCUUCUGGACCCUGGAUAUGUUUGAGAACCAAUACCGCGCCCUCUCCUCCCCAGAGAAGAUUCUCCCCCUGAAAGAGCGCCUUCACCGGGUGGGCGUCUUCCUGGACUAUGAAGCUGGAGAUGUGUCCUUCUAUAACAUGAAGGACAGGUCACACGUCUACACAUGUCCCCGUUCACGCUUCUCUGGGCCCCUGAGGCCCUUCUUCAGGCUGGGGUCCGAUGACAGCCCCCUCUGUAUCUGUCCAUCGUUUAGAGGGGCCCAGGGGGUCACAGUGCCUGAGGGGGGCCUGGUCCUUCACAGAACAGAGACCCACCACAACCACCAAUUCCCUGGUCUCAGAGCCAGGUAGGGAAACCCAGGCCACCUCUACUACAGCACCGCCUGGAGGAAUACUACCCUCCUUCCUUCUGGUCACAGGAGAAUCUCCCCUGGGGUUCCCCUGGACAUGUCUUCAAGCCCCAGAGCAUGUGUCUCCCUCAUUAGGCUAUUGCUUUAGUAACUUGUUGCAUGUAACCAUGGGGCAGGGGCCAGUCUCAGGAACACUAAGUGCUGCCACAUGGCUCCCAACCAACAAGUAAAUGUGAGAAAGUGACAGGCAGAGAACCAGCUGCUUUAACAUCAGAUGAUGCAUUCAGCCCGAGACUGGAAUUGACAUCACAUACUGUGGAUCUGGGGAUUCCCUAAUAGCUCAGUUGGUAAAGAAUCCACCUGCAAUCUGCUGGAGAAGGGAUAGGCUACCCACUCCAGUAUUCUUUGGCUUCCCUUGUGGCUCAGCUGGUAAAGAAUCCACCCGCAAUG